AUGUUCUCGGUGAAGCCCGGCCUCCGUCACAGCGUCUCCGAGUGGAGCAGCAACAACCAGCAGCUGUCAGCCGACGCGCAACACGAGCGCCACGUUUCUGCCGCAAUCCGGCAGGAGGGAAGGUCGCUGCGCAACCAAACCCGCUGCAAGACGAUCUGGGACGAGAGCGACUCGUCUCGGAGGCUCAGCGACCGGAUCUGGGAUGUGGCUCGUUGGAGGGACGCGUUGGAAAGCUGCGCUCAGAAAGUGGACGAAGAGAUGGAGGCUCUGACGCUGUCCAAAGAGCGGAGCGAGCAGAACCUGGCGGCCACUGCUGUUCCUCUGGAGGUCUCCUCCGAGUGCCUGACGCUGAGGGAGGGCCGGCGGGGCGUGGAGCUGGUGGUGGACCCGGUGGAUGAGCAGCUGAAGGCGGAGGUGGAGCUGAUUGAGCGAGUGCAGCAGGUUCUGCAGCAGCACGUCAACAAGGCCUUCGAGCAGCUGUGUGUUCUGCAGGAAGCUCGACACCAGCUGACCUCCGACCUCCAGAACAAGAUGGACGCUCUGGAUGUGGACAUGUCCUGUCUGUCGCUCACCGUGGAGUCGCCUCUCAUCUCCCUGAAGAACAACCCGACUCGUAUCCCAUCUGGGUCCUCCAGCCCUCAGGAGUGGAUCCAGUUCAGCCAGUACAAUGUGGCUCGAGCCCAUGAAGCCAUGCAGGCGUCCCAGCAGAUGAGGGAGGACAUGAGCCUCACCAGAGCCCAGCUGCAGAACGAGUUGGAGACUCAACGCAGAGCCACAGAGUUCGCUCUCCGAAAGCGCAACCACCACGAAGAGCGGGCCCGAGACGAGCUGGAGUGGCAGAUAAGAAACACUGAAAAUGAAAUGUCAGAAAUGGAGAACGACAUCAGCGGUUUGGACGCUGACCUGCAGGCCAAGUCGACCAACCUGAAGCUGGCUCACACCCGGCUGGAGAUCAGAACCACCAGACCCGGAAUGGACCUGUGCAGAGACGAGGUGCAGUUUGGCCUCGUUGCUGAAGUCCAGCAGCUGGAGGCCACGAUCACGGCUCUGAAGCAGAAGCUCUCCGAAGCUCAACACUCUCUGCAGAAGAUGAAGCUCUAUCAUGCCCGGAUGCUGCAGGAUCUUUCCAGAAAACAAGAAGCUCUGUCUCUGGAGCAGCGGAGCAUGAAGACCCGAAACCGACUCGCUUCGGCCUCCGAUAAAAGCCCGGCCCUGGUGGUCCCGCUCAUGAACUCGAGUGGAAGAAGCAACUUAAAGCUGCUCGCUCAGUGAGUUUUUGAAGGAAAGGGAUUCGAUUUAUUCAGUUUUAGCUCAGAUAUAAAACAGCAGAACGCAGCAGAGAGUCUGACCUUAGUUAGCACAACAAAUGACUUUUAUUUCUUCUGGUUUUGUCGUUAUUUCAGCUCUCACUGUCGUCCUUUUCUUGUUUUUUAGACCUUUUCGUUUGCUUAACUUGCAUCUACAGUCUCUGUGUUGUGUUGAAGUGCCUCCCUCAUGUGUGUCUCUUUACAGCAAAGCAUUGUCUCUAAAAUGUGA